GGGGGUGGCGGCCCUAUGACGUCACCCCAACCCCAUAUGACGCAAUCCCAGCCACAUAUGACGUCAUAUCAACACUAUGACGUCAUCCAAACGUGUGAGGGGGGCGGGAAGGGGGGAAGGUGGCGCCGUUGCCAUGGCGACGCGCGGGUGACGCGCUCUCCCCGCGCCCCCCCGGAAGCGGGCGGGCGGCGCGGCGCUGAGCGCGUCACGGGGGCGGCGGCGGCGGCGGCUGGACGGGGCCGGGGACUGGGCGCCGCCAUGGAGGGCGCGAGCCAGGAUAUCAACCUUAACUCUCCCAACAAAGGUCUGCUGGCCGACGCCAUGACCGACGUGCCCGUGGACGGCGCGGCCGCCGCCAGGACCGCGGCACCUGAGGGGCUGACAGCCGCCGAGGAAGAGGAGCUGAGAGCCGAGAUCGCCAAGGUUGAAGAAGAAAUUGGUACUCUUAGACAAGUUCUGGCUGCUAAAGAGAGGCACUGUGGAGAGUUGAAGAGGAAGCUGGGUUUGACUCCCUUGGAUGGGUUAAAGCAAAACCUGUCUAAAAGCUGGCACGAUGUACAAGUCUCCAACGCUUAUGUGAAAACAUCUGAGAAACUUGGAGAGUGGAAUGACAAAGUGACACAGUCUGACUUAUAUCUUUCAGCCAGCAGCACACUGGAGGACUGGAAUGAAAAAUUAACUCAAUCAGAAGCUUAUAAGAAGACCCAGGAAACCCUUUCCCAGGCAGGACAGAAGACUUCAGCAGCCCUUUCCAAUGUAGGUUCUGUUAUCAGCAGGAAACUUGGUGACAUGAGGGCUCACCCCUUCUCGCAUUCCUUUAGCAGUUACUCCAUUCGCCACUCCAUAAGUAUGCCUGCGAUGAGGAAUUCUGCAACCUUCAAGUCAUUUGAAGAUAGAGUUGGGACCAUAAAGUCCAGAGUGGUGGGCAGCAGGGAAAACAGCACUGAUGGCCUCCACUCCCCCUCGGGAGCUGGAGAGAAGCCUCCACAAGACAACGCUCCUUUCUAGACCUGCGAUGUGGCUUUGCACAGCUGUGCACAACUCCAAGAGCAAGCCUCCUCCCUCCCAAAUCUUCACAACAGCAACAACAUGCGAAUCCAUGAAGGGGCUGAGAACCAGUCUGGAGAGAUCCAUAAUCCAUUCAUAGACACUGCUGCUGGAUCUAAGUCAAAUAAAGAGAAUGCAAAGUUUUGUACACAAAUAAUAUUUUACACUAAACUUUGUAGAUGAAAUGUAUCACUGUGCUGUCCUUUUGGGAGAGCACUUUAAGAUGGAGUUUCCUUAAAGCAGCUCAGAAAUGCCGCUGGCAUAGAAAAAGCAGUUUUUCCCACGUCUGUCGUAACUGGGAGCAGAGAAAUUGCCCUGUGCAGUGUGAGGAGGGCAGUUACAGGAGAAGCCAAGCGCAUGGGCAUUUUAGCUUCAGCUUCUGGCUAUGUUCUCUGUUCAGGGCAUGCCAUGUAGCAACUCAGCGGUCUCCCAGGCUUCUCCCAUUACUGUUUCCUCUGGCUCUCAUUGGAGAAAUCUGUUAAAAGGGGUAAAUAGUUACGUGGUUUUUUUUUUCUGGGCUCCUAAGAGGGAAACUUCACUUAGCAGCUGCCUCGUUGUUACACUAAUGCUCUAGCUUUAACAAAAACUAAAAUCUUUAUUUUUAAAUGCAACGAACUUUAAAGGAAUAAAGCUUAAAAAAAAAAAAGCUUCGGCUUCGGCAUUAUAUUAGGGAAAUGCUCCCUUGGACUUUGAAACUGAAUUGCAAGCCUUACAUCACCUUAUGCUUUACUCGUUUAUGAUUUUUUUCUAUAGAGAGGACUGUAAGGGUUAUAAAGCUGGAUAUUGAGCACUGGAGUUUUGCAUCGUUCAGUAGUAGCAGCAUGCUUAUAAGCCAGUUCUUGUGUUAACUUUCAGUGGUGCACUCUGUUGCCUGAGUGUAUAAAACUUGCUUCUCCCUUCUCAGCUUAUGCCUUCGUUCUUGGAGGAAGAAAUCCUGAAGGCUGCUAGCAACGGGGCCAGGUUUAACGAGGACAAAGCUGUUGCUAGCAACAGGGACGCUGUGCUGGAGGGACUCUGCUCUGCUCUCUGUGGGCUCCUCCGUCUGGCACAUCUGACUGGGACUGUGUGGGUUCAGUUGAAAGCCCCGGCUGUAACCUUGGUUUACAAACCCGGCAGAGUCACAGGGCUCGACCAGUUCCCGUAGCGGAUAGAUGUUUUGCUCUUCCGAUGUCCGACCUCAUUGCUCAGGAGCUGAAACAUUGUAAGUUUUCUUACAGAGGCCUGAUCUUCUUCUAGGCAAGAUGCCUCCAAAUAAAUCCACCUGCAGUGAGCGUUUCUGUGCCUUAGAGGCCAAGUGGGACUUGCUCAGGUCUUUAGACUUGCCUAUGUACAUAUCUGGGUGGUUUUAGUAGUUUAUCGCCCUGGAGGGACUGGACCAUCUUUGACCCUUCUUUAGAGAAGCAAGUUUUGACACUUGUCUGCUGAUUAAUCUCCAUUUCCCCCAUCCCCACUCCCUUCCCUCUGCUGAUCCGGGGACACACGAUGAGGCAGUAGAAGGCAGAUGUGCUAGGCAGUAGGUGGAGUGUAGUGUGUCAUUUACCAGCUCUCCUCGUUUGACUAAAACUGGCCUCCGUGCGAGGAGCAGAGCCAGUGAAACGGGGACUGCUGGGGCGUGGGUCUUGAACUGUUUCUCUUUACAGAUAAAUACCGAGGAAACUUGUCAAUAAAGCAUUCCUUUGGGAGAAAA